GAGGUACACUUGGGUUAGGCUAUACUGGUGCGACUGGUAGAGUGGGAGAGGCGGAGGGAUCGGGGGAAGGCAAAUGCCUCUGGAAGCCGGCUCCUAGGAGGUUCUCCCCUCCUGCUGCUGCUAGGGCUGCUGCUGGGGGUGAUUCUUCCCCGGGGCUGCUGCUGCUGUUGCGACUGCUGCAGCUGCUGCAGCAGCUGGUGCUGGUGCUAGUGUACCUGCUGGGAAUUUAAGCGACUCGCUAAAAGACUCGCUUAAAGACCCAUGGUCGAUCCCCACCAGCCAGGAGCUCCCCCUCCCCUCCACACCCAUCUUCUUAAGUCAGGAGCUUCCCCCUAUCGAGCACCUGCCCUCGUCCCUCCCCUCCAUGCCCCCCUCCCAAGACCCUACGGCCUGCUUUGAAGCCACACAGCCAGUGGAGCUGGGCGAGGGGGAGGGAGGAGAGUGUGGUUUGGGACAAGAGGAGGGAAUGGGGGAAGGGGCAGGAGAGUGGGGAGGAGUCGGAUGAGCCGAUUCAGGAGACACAAGUGGAGGCAGAAGAGGUGGACGAGCAGGGUGUGCAUGUGCAACAGCAUGUGCAUCAGCAUGUGCAUCAGCAUGGGCAACAGGGCAUGCAUAUGGAUGGACAAGGGUUGCAGAGGCACGAGGCGGGAGGAAGGAGGGUGCUGUGGAGAAUAUGCAGGUGGCAGCAGAGUCGCCACACUUAAACGGGAGCGGUGAGUGUGGCAAGGAGAACGCAGCAGUGAGGCCAAGGACUCCUCACCGUUGGAUCUGCUGAUGCGCGCACUGUCGAGUGAACAGGAUGGGGAUGGGGAUGGAGGGAGAGAGUGUAUGGGAAGAGGGGACAAUGAGGGAGAAAGAACGGAAAAUGAGAGAGGGGGGUGAUGAGACAAGGCGUGAAUCGACAAGGCAUGAGGUUGCAGGUCUAAGGUAUCCUUCUGCCGUUCCCACCGCUGGCGCAGCUGCCACCACCACACCCCUGCUGCUGCCAGCAAAGCUAUUUCAGCUCAAAUGGGUGCAAAGACCAGUGCAGAGAUGGUCACAGUAGCUGGGACAGCUGGUGCAGCAGGUAGCCAUGGGGUAGCAGCCGGUGCUGGUUGUGGGCUUGGGGCGGCUUUCUGGAUCGGCAGCAGUGGUCCGGGAAUGAGCAAUGGCAUGUGGGGGGAGUGGAUGGGGCCUGCCAGGUCCGGUGAAACGGAGCUGGUUGGGGGUUUAGGUUCAGAAGGGCAGGCAGGCUUAGGUUCGAAUGCCAGGGUCGGGAUAAGGGCCAUUUGAAAGGGGAGGAGAAUGGAGGAACGGAGGAGGAUAGGAGAGGGAUGGAGGAAAAGAAAGAGCAGGGUGAGGAGGAGGUGCUAGCUGAAGGGAGUGGAGGGAGAGGAGGGAGGGGGAGACAAGGAGAGGGGCUUGAGGUGUCUUCCUUGGGUUCGGAAAAAACAACCAUUCCUCGCAUGUUCCUCAGGAACUCACACCAAGAGCAGAGCGAAGGGGAUUCUUCCCAGAGGAGCACAGCUGGAACGUAUAAUUACCGUAGUUGGGUUGCUUUGGUUUGGUUUGGCAAUGGCUUGCUCAAUUGGCCACUUGCCUGAUUCGUUUGGCUUCGUUUGGAAGUGAUCCCUAGCAGAUGGAAAUGCACAUCUUAUGUAGUGGGUGCACAUGUUCCUUGUAAAGGAAGUUGG